GUUACACUUAAAAAAGCCCGGGACGGCUGCUCAGAAGCUGGUGAAAGGUUUUCUAGUCUUUGGUAGGUUUCGAAAAGAAAAUCUGCAUAAAUGGCCGACCUUGAAGAGAUCAGCCAACACAUUCAUGACAAAAUAUCAUCCUUGCAGCUCAUGUUGGAUCUGUCGGUUACUGAGCUUCCGCAACACAAGAUAAAGAAACUGGGACAAGAACUCUUCACACUUGAGAGACUUCUGGAAGAGUUUGAAAAGUGUGUUGAUCAACAGAAACAGCAGCUAAAGCACCUGAAGGAAACCGAGGAAAGUUUUCAGAAGACUCUGGAGGAUGUCAUGCACAUCAAGGACAACAGUCCCAUUUAUAUUCCCAGAAAAAAUGGACCAGUCAGUGGAAGUGAAGCUGGAAGAAACCAGCACGAAGCAGUAGAUCAUCAAGCAGAUGGCGUUAAAAAGACGAGCAGGAACUUCGUCAAAGAGAUGGAGUUCAUCACCACGCCAGAGUUUGAGAGCAUCCCUCAGUACAUGAAAGGACGUGUGUCGUAUGAGCAGCUUAAUGCUGCCGUGCAAAGCUUUAACGCUGCAGUAACAGCCAAGUACAAGAUCCUCCGUCAGCCUGGGAAAACUCUCAACAAUCAUUCCCGCAAACUGCAGCAGCGCUUCAAGGACCAGGAGACCAAAGAGACGAGAGGCAGGGGAAACUUCAUUCACUGACACGUAGGUUGGCUAUGAGCCGGAUUUUGUUCGGGCAUCCCUGGAUGCUCUGCUGUCUUGUCCGGGUCCAUUUUAUUAAGCACCACCUGCUCACUGGAGGCACCUUCCCUGCUGGGUUCCACCUCGCCUGGAUCAAGUGCCUGGCUGGGCUCCUGCUAAGUCGUCUGGAGUACAACCUGUUUUUUAUGGACUUGCACGGUUUGGUUUGUUGUGUUGGACUUAUGAUUUUGUUAGCAUAUGUUAUGUUUCUUUUUGUUAACAGGUUGUUUGGUUUUUAAUGACAUGCCGGAUCCCCGGCCUAUGGUGGCCGGGGGGGGGGGACAAUAGCAGCUCUUUUAUUUUGGGUCCAUUUUAAAGCUUGUGUUUAAUAAAUUAGAGUUUUUAGGCAAUCUAAAUCUGUUGUCCUGGUGUAUUAGAACCCGCAGUUCCUUUUUUUAUUAUUAUUAUUAUAUUUAUUUACUUGGGUGAAAUUCCCCAGUUAGUGAUGUCACUUCACCUGCUCUCUUACCACAUUUGCAUGAAAGAACUUUAACCUGCAUUUGUGGAUUUCAGGGUGAACUGUGUUCACAGACAGAAAUUUCUGGAAGUGUUCCUGAGCCCAUGCAGUGAUUUCCUGUGGAGAAUCAUGUCUGGUUUUAAUGCAGUACUGCCUGAGGACCCCAAGAUUACCAGCAAGAAGCCUUGUCCCAUGCACACAGAGAUUCCUCCUGAUUCACAGACUCUUUUGAUGAUAUUAUACAUUGUAGAUGGUGGCAUCUUUUACAGGACAUGCAUCUAUACACUGUUAUUACAUUUUUCUUUUACGCACUGUUGUCUGUUUGUGUCCUAAUACCAGUGCAGCUCAACAUUCAGCCAAACAUUACAGAGCAGCUAGUUUCUCCUCAGCUAACAUCAUCUGCAGCAUGAAUUCAAGAACAGAGUAUGCCUGCUGUGUGGGUCCUCCAGCUGCUCCUCUAAGACCCCUGAAUCAUUUUGAUUCUUCAGAAACUC